AAUUUGUGGUUGUUCUCGCCACUACUCGAGAAGCAAAGGCAGUUGAGGAGCACAUGAUGAAUUGCCAUGCUGGCGCUCUUGCUGUUCCAACCAAUGACAUGGUGGUCACGGCACGUCUUCGUAGGCUCGGUGAACCCAUAACACUUUUCGGAGAGAGAGAGAUGGAGAGACGGGAUCGGCUUAGAAUGCUUACGGCAAAGUUGGACUCUGAAGGGCAGUUGGACAAGUUGAUGAAAGCCCAUGAAGAAGAGGAGCCUGCAUUGAUGACCUCAGGACAAGAUGCUGCUGAGGAAGAAAUGCUUGAAUACCCGUUUUGUACAGAAGGAUCUAAGGAACUCCUUAAUGCCAGAGUCGACAUUGCUAAAUACUCGAGCGUGAGGGCGGCAAGGCGGCUUCAGCGUGCCAGAUUAAAACGUGAGACUCCAUGUGAAGAUGAAGAUGGUGAAAUGAAUGCUUCCUUGAAGCAAGCUGGAAAUUUGGCUCUUGACUGCAGCGAGUUUGGAGAUGAUCGACCCCUUUCUGGUUGCUCCUUUUCCAAGGAUGGAGAAUUUUUGGCCACAUGUUCAAUAACUGGAGUUGCGAAAGUGUGGAAAGCACCUCAAAUAAGCAGUAUAGUUUCUACCUUGAAGGCCCACACGGAACGGCUAACUGAUGUGGCAUUCUCUCCCGCGAACAACAACUGCUUGGCAACUGCAUCAGCCGAUCGAACUGCAAAACUGUGGGACAGUGAUGGAACACUAGUCCGAACAUUCGAGGGUCACUUGGAUCGUCUUGCUCGCAUCGGUUUUCAUCCAUCCGGAAAAUACAUCGGCACAGCAAGCUUUGACAAGACAUGGAGAUUGUGGGACGUCGACACCGGGGUGGAACUGCUCCUUCAAGAAGGUCACAGCAGGAGUGUGUAUGGGAUCGCCUUCCAUCACGAUGGAUCGUUGGUGGGAUCUUGUGGGCUCGACUCGCUUGCUCGUGUGUGGGAUCUUCGUACGGGGAGAAGCGUUCUAGCCUUGGAAGGCCACGUCAAGCCGGUUCUCAGUAUGAGCUUUUCUCCCAAUGGCUAUCAUCUGGCUACAGGAGGUGAAGAUAAUACUUGUCGAAUAUGGGAUUUGAGGAAGAGAAGGUCGUUGUACGUGAUUCCAGCGCACUCGAAUCUCGUAUCGAAUGUGAAGUUUGAGCCUCGAGAAGGGUAUUACUUGGUCACCGCGUCAUAUGACACGACUGCAAAGGUCUGGUCAGGAAAGGAUUUCACGCAUGUGAAGACGUUGUCAGGGCAUGAGUCCAAAGUUACGUCUUUGGAUAUUACUCCAGAUGGAGAAUGUAUUGCAACCGUGUCGCAUGAUCGAACCAUCAAGCUGUGGUCCAGUAGGAGCUGUGACAAAGAGGGCAUGGACGUAGACUGAGCUGGGGGAUACAUGCUUGUGGAUUGAAGAUCUUGGAUCCUAAUUGAAGUUCUUUUGGAAUUGUUAUCUCACACCUUAAGACUUGCCGAUGAUAAGUUGACAAGGAGACCGAGGUUAAUCACUGUUAUUGAAGAUGAGGAAUUUUACACCUUUGUUUUUGGCAGAGAUUAAAAAAUAACUAGCU